AUGCCAACACCACUUUUACUAAAACGAGAUUGGCAACGCGACCAUGUGUAUUUGGUACAGUUCCCUCGAGCUGGUUGUAUUCCAAGUUUAUCAAUGUUCGCCUUAAAAUUGGAAACUUGGCUUCGGAUAACUAAAAUUCCAUAUUCGAAUAUCAGCAAUGAAUUCACUAAAUUCUCCUUCAAAAAACAAAUUCCAUUUAUUGAACUGAAUGGACGACAAAUACCGGAUAGUAAUUAUUGCAUUGAACAUCUUUCGCGAGUCUUUAAGAUUGAUUUGGAAGAGCGUUUGAAUCCAAUGGAAAAAGCACAAGCUCGAGCUUUCACUCAUCUACUUGAGGAAUCUAUAAGAUGGACCGUACUAUAUAAUCGUGGCAAAAACAAUAAAUUCAUGGGAACAGAGAAAGGUUUUAUCAGACAUUACACAGGUGCUAAAAAAUCUCUCUUCCAAUAUGUAUUUGUGGAACAGUUUCGGAAAAAGAUUUGGAAAUUAUGCUAUUGGCAAGGAAUUGGUAGGCAUGGAAUUGAUGAAGUGGAAAGCAUUGCAAAGAAAGAUUUAACAGCACUGUCCGUUUUCCUUGGUGAUAAACAGUAUUUUUUUGGUUCUGUACCUACUACGUUGGAUGCGAUUGCUUUCGGUAAUUUAACCCAAAUAUUUUAUACACCGAUGAACAGUGAUGUUUUACGGAAAUAUAUGGAAGAAAACACUCCAAACUUGGUAUCUUUCAUUCAAACAAUGCGUGAAACGUACUGGAAGGAUUGGGAGGAAGCUUGUCAAACGUUGUCUCUCAAUACUCGAAAUGUUUGUAAUGACGUGAAAAAAUGA